AUGGUACAAGAACAGGCAAUUUUGAGCUGCAUUGAGCAGACUAUGGUUGCCGAUGCUAAGGUUAUCAAACAGGCAGAACAGCAGUUAUUUGAGUUUCAAAAACAACCUGGCUUCACUUCUUUUCUACUCAAUAUAGUGUCUGAUGAUAAUUUUGCGUUGAACAUUCGUCUUUCUUCUGCUAUUUAUUUAAAGAACAAGGUUCACAGAUCAUGGGAUACUAAGAGAGAAGACGGAAUAAAGGCCGAUGAAAAGCUUUCUAUCAAAGAGAGAUUGAUCGAAACUUUGGUCAAGAAUUGUGAAAAUAACCAUAUUAGGCCCAUCUUGGCUGAAACCAUAAAUGGGAUACUUGUUGGUCAGGAAGACUGGGAUUUAGCACCUGUCAUCAAGAAUCUGUUAUCGAGUGGUGAUACAGCGUAUAUCUAUCCUGGAUUAUUGCUAUUGUUUCAACUUUGUAAAGCUCAUAGAUGGGAUAUGGUUGGAUCGAGAGACUAUAUAGAUUCUGUUAUUGAAGAACUUUUUCCUAUUGUGGAGGGGAUAGCCUCUAACUUUGGCAAUCAAACGGAUUACAGAUCUAAUGAAAUACUAUACCUAAUUUUGAAAUCAUUCAAGUAUGCGUGUCUGAACAACUUACCUCAAUACUUUAGUCAACCUGAACGAAUUAUGUCAUGGGUGCAAUUACAUUUGUAUUUAUGUUCGAAGCCAUUACCAGCUGAAGUAAUGGAAUUAGAUCCUGCAGAUAGGUCUCUAGACAAGAGAGUUAAAGUCAACAAAUGGGGGUUUGGUAAUUUGAACAGAUUCUUGCAGAGGUUCAACAAAGUCACAAAGGCUAUUACCAAAGAGUUCAUUGAUUAUGUUUUUAACACUAUUGUUCCUGUAAUUCUUCGAGAAUUCUUCAAAGAUAUAGAGGCCUGGGGUAACAACUCUUUAUGGCUAUCCGAUUCAUCAUUGUAUUUCUUGAUUUCGUUUCUGGAAAAAUGUGUUACAAUUGAUCAACUUUAUCCUCUAAUCGAACCACAUUUACAAAUUAUCUUUGAGAAUGUCAUCUUUCCAUGUUUGUGUGCUAAUGAACAAUCCAUCGAAUUAUUAGAAGAUGACCAAGAGGAAUACACCAGACGUUAUUUUGAUAUUAAUAGAGAAGGCUCUACGCCAGAUGCUGCUUCAGCAGAUUUUAUAUUCUUGAUCGGGUCCAAACGUCCUGAAAAAUUGAACAGUAUUCUACCGUUCAUUAAUGAUAUUUUCACUAGAUUUGACACCAAUAUCAACGAUAUAAACGUGGCAUUUAAAGAAGAAGGUGCUUUGAGAACAUUAUCUAAUCUAUUCUCAUUCAUAGAUGAACCAUCUAUUUUGGAGAAUAUUUUCGGUCACUUCAUUGUACCAUUGUUAUCUCAGGACAAGUAUAUGUUUUUGGUUGCAAGAAGUUUGGAAACGAUAGCACUGUACUCGGAGGAAUUCAAAGAUAUGAACAUUUUGUCUCAGUUGUUUGAGUUGACCUAUACCAACUUCCUAAAUAGUAGUGUUUUACCGGUGCAAAUUGAAGCUGCUGAUGCCAUCAAGUGUUUGAUUGUAUCCAAUCCUCAAAUUCAUCCGGCGGUCUCUGCACAUGUCCCAGGCAUGAUGGAAAAAUUAUUGAAAUUAUCCAAAAUUUUCGAAAUCGAUAUCUUAUCUGAAGUCAUGGAGGCAUUAGUGGAGAGGUUUUCAGACGAACUAUCCCCAUUUGCUAAAGAUUUAGCUUCGAAUCUAGUUGAACAAUUUCUACGUAUUGCCCAAGCAUUAGUAGAGAAUCCAUCAGAAACGUAUAGUGCAAGUGAUCAAGAGCAAGAAAUUCAGGCCAGUGGAUUGUUACAAACGAUGACUACCAUGGUCAUGUCAAUGAAUAAAGUUUCAUUGAUCGAGUCCUUAGCACCUGUGGUCAAAUUUGUUGUGCUUCAUGCGCAAAUCUCAUUUAUCACGGAGGCCGUCGAUUUACUGGAUGCCUUAACUAUUUCAUCACAUCUGCUUUAUAACCAAAUCGCACCUCCAAUAUGGGAACUGUUACAUGAUAUAUUGGAUUCCUUCCAAACAUAUGCCAUGGACUAUUUUGAAGCGUAUAGCAUUUUCUUUGAAACCAUUGUCAUGACAGGUUUUCCUCAAGAUCAAACUUAUGUACAACCUUUGUUGGAAAUUCUAUCCGCUAAGUUGGAAAGUGAGGUUGAUUACGAUAUCGAGCAUGUUAUGCAAAUUCUAAUGUAUUUUGCACUAUCAAUGAGAGACAUUCCAUUAUUCAGUAAAGCCAUCAAAGUAUCCACUAAUGACGAACUUGGAUUGGACUCUAAAUGCAUUGUUAAACUAGGAUUGGCCAAUUUAUUUGUCAAACCAAUUGAAACAUUACAAAUCAUGGAAACUGAGGGUUUUACUAUAAAUUUCUUUACCAAUUGGUUUAAAGAGAAGUUUUACAGUGUGUUCACUAUUAAAUUACAAAUUCUGGUCAUUUUGACCCUUUUGAAGUUACCUGAAAUUCCUAAUAGCGUCAGCCCACUACUAAAUAACUUGACUAAUAGAUUAGUGGAGCUAACAUUAUCAUUACCUAAAGCUAUUAGGAAUCGUGAUGCUGUUACUGAGGGUAAAUCCUUAGAAGGAGACUUAACUCCAGAAGAGGAGGAAGAAUAUUUUAUUGAAUGUGAUGAUGAUAUGAAGGAGACUGUGUUGGAUCAAGUCAAUGUUUUCCAGGAAGUACAUGCCUUCUUCAAGAAUUUACAAAAUGAGGAUAUUAGUAAGUAUGAAAAGGUAAUAAAUUACCUAGAUGAAUCUAAAAAAGAUUCCUUGCAGGUAAUUUUAGAGUUUGUUUCUCAACACUAG